AUGCGAGAUGACUUCGACUUCGAGGGCGGUACCCGGUAUGGGCAAGCUUCCGCCUCCGAACGGUGCCUGGUCGCGAGCCCCCCGGACGCUUCCUCCCGGACUUCGCCUUGGGCUCAGAACCCUCAGCCCCCGAAGAUUUCUGGGGUUCUUGUUGCUGAUUUGCUGAUUUAUAUACCUGCAGUAAUCUUAUACUGCUGUUAUUUAAAGGACACGUCAAACAAGAAAAAGAUUUCAAGUGCUAUCUGCAUAUUGCUUUAUCCAGGCCUCAUUUUGAUUGAUUAUGGACAUUUUCAGUAUAAUUCUGUGAGCCUUGGCUUUGCUUUGUGGGGAGUGCUUUUCCUUUCAUACAAUUUGGAUGUUUUGGGUUCAGUAGCAUUUUGCUUAGCCCUUAACUACAAACAAAUGGAGCUCUACCACUCUCUGCCCUUCUUCUGCUAUCUCUUGGGAAAGUGCUUCAAAAAAGGUCUGAUGGGGAAGGGGUUACUAUUGUUAAUGAAACUAGGAUUUACUGUAGUUGUUUCCUUUGCUUUCUGUUGGCUCCCAUUUUGCACAGACGUCAAACAAAUUUUGCAAGUGCUCAGACGGCUCUUUCCAGUUGAUCGAGGUUUGUUUGAGGAUAAAGUAGCCAAUAUUUGGUGUACUGUAAAUGUCUUUUUCAAAAUAAAGACAGCCCUCUCAGCAGAAACCCAAUUUAAAUUAAGCUUUGCUUUAACAUUCCUGACCAUACUUCCCAGUUGCAUAAAAUUAACCCUGCAGCCUUCUGUCAAAGGAUUUAAAUACAGUUUGGUUAGCUGUGCAUUAUCCUUCUUUCUGUUUUCAUUCCAAGUGCAUGAAAAAUCUAUUCUUCUAGUUUCAAUACCAGUCUGUUUACUUAUAAAUGAAAUUCCUUUUAUGUCUGCAUGGUUCCUGCUUGUUUCAACCUUCAGCAUGCUGCCACUUCUCUUGAAGGAUGGCCUGCUGUUGUCAUACAUUGUGACAACGCUGGCUUUUCUCACAGUGUGUGGAGCUUCCUUUUCAAUACCUGAAAAAACCUCUGAAGAUGAUCUGCAGUUGAAAAUGUUUUUCACUUCUAUUAGAAGAUACAUCCCUUGGUUUAAGGCAUUCCCCAAGAUUAUGAAGUAUUCAUUCCUUGUCUCAAUAACUCUGAUGGGUAUCCUGACUUUAAUUAGUGCUACGUUGGAUCCUCCACAGAAGCUGCCAGAUUUAUUUCCUCUAGCUGUCUCUGCUGUAUCUUGCUUGCACUUUUUAUUCUUCUUGCUAUAUUUUAACGUCAUUGUGAUAUGGGAAUCAAAAAAUAGCCGAAAUCAGAAAAAAACCAAUUAGUUUGAAAUACCAACCUGCAGAAUUAAUGACUGAUAUUUUCAGUAUUAACCUAUCUGUACACAAUUGGAAUUGUUAAGUUGCUUUCUUAUUUCAUAUAUUUUCUAUGGAAACUCAUUAAUAAACAUUUACAUUGCAGUUUGUGCUAUUUCAGGAAUGCAAAUAGCCACACCUCAAAAAUAUUAGAAAUGAGCUUUCUAUGUCCUGUAUGCAAUAAGAAAACAGUAACGUAUAAUUUGUUUAAAAUGAAAAAGUUACCAUACUUGUAUCUUUUAUAUGAAAAUAACAAAGAAACUUCUCAGCCUUUUCCAGUUUAUUUUAAAUAAAAUUUCCAAAUUAAUUU